AUGAGUCCAACUAAGGAUUUCGCGUUCACCAACCCGGGCCUUACACCUGAUGAAGAGUUGUCUCGGCGAGGGUACUCCAUGUACCAGGCGUCUGAUGAUGACUUGGAGAGCGGCCGGGGAACGGAGCGGCAGACAGACAGACAGAGUAACGAGCAGAAUGGACAAGAUCAGAGACAUGCGAAUGGGAAGUUCGUAGAUGAACUAACGCGCGAGCUGGACUCACGACAGCAUAAACAGCAGCAGCAGGCACCAGCUUUCCUCCUCACCAGCAUACAGAACAGCAAGCUCAGAAGAGACAGAGAGAGAAACGGGAGAGAGAGUGAAACUAACCCUAACUUCAUUUAUUAA